AAUUGGCAAUUGGAGGCAUGAAGUUAUUUCGCAACUGAGGUAUACACAGUGUAACAAAAGAAUUUUUGUCCGGCAACUAGACAAUCUCGAUGGCUUCAGCAUUUUCAGUUGAGAACGCCCGGGCUCAGUUCCCAGCUCUGGCAAAAGACCAGAUCUUUGGCGACAACGCUGGAGGAAGUCAAGUUCUUGGAACGGUCGCAAAGAGCAUCUCGGAAUACCUCGUGAACAAUAACGUGCAAUUAGGGGCGAGCUACAGAACAUCUAAAAUCUCGACCCAAACAUUCGACAAGGCGUACAAAGUUGCCGCCGACUACAUUAAUGCUGAUGUCGGUGAAAUUGUCAUCGCACCUUCAACAACCCAGGCUUUUCGUAACCUUGCAGCAGCUCUCAAGUUGAAGGCUGGCGAUGAAAUCAUUCUUUCCGAAGUUGACCACGAGUCCAACAUUGACCCGUGGCUCCAUUAUGCAACUCUCGCCGGUGCGACAGUGAAGUGGUGGGCACCUUUUGACAAGUCGAACCCAAAGCUCGAUGCCGUGACCCUUCGGAGCCUCUUAACACCGAAGACUCGGUUUGUAGCUUGUACACACGCUAGCAAUAUCUUGGGAAGCAUUCACGAUAUCAAGGCCUUUGCAGAUGUCGUCCACGAAGUCCCGGGGGCCCUUCUGUGUGUUGAUGGUGUUGCAUAUGCGCCGCACCGGGCGAUCGAUGUAAAGGAGAUCGGGGCUGAUUUCUAUGCCUUCUCUUGGUACAAGGUGUACGGUCCGCAUAUCUCAUUGCUGUACGGAUCCUUCAAGGCACAAGAGCAGUUACAAUCACUCGGACACUACUUCAAUCCUUCUGGAACUUUGAUGGACAAGCUUGAACUAGCCGCGGCUAGCUACGAGCUCACUCAAGCAAUCAUGCCCUUGGUCGAAUAUUUUGGGGAGAACCCGAAACAGACCUGGGCUGGAAUUGCUCAGCACGAAGAAGCCUUGCAAAAGCAUCUUCUCGACUUUCUGAAGUCACGCCCUGAUGUCUGUAUUCGUGGCGACGCUUCAUCUGCAGCUUCAGUUCGAGUUUCCACUGUGAGUUUUACCGUAAAGGGAAGAUCGUCUCAAAGCGUUGUGGAGGGAGCUGAGGCCCAAUCCAAUGCUGGGAUUCGGUGGGGUCAUUUCUUCUCAAAGCGGUUGGCCGAGAAGAUUCUCGGUCUCGGCGAGGAUGGCGUUGUCCGAGUGAGCUUAGUGCACUACAACACCGUGGAGGAGGUUGAUGUGAUCAUCGGGGCAUUGAAAAAGGGUUUAGGAACCUUGUGAGAAAUAAGAGGCGACGAUGUGGAUAGAUGGUAUUGAAUGCAAAAGCUUAUUCGUUG